CCGGUGCGGGGCGCAGUCGGGCGCCGUGCGCUGCGCGCGGCGCUCCCGCUCCCCGGCGGACGCAGAAUAAAUGCGGUCGCCUUCCUCGAGAGCGAGCAGCGAGGGCGGGCGAAGCGGACGCAGACGCCGCCCGUGACAGCGGCAAAUCACCCCCCCCCUCCCCGGGCGCCCCACACAGCACAUUCGUCCGCCGCGGCAGCAACAACAGAGGAGCGGAGCGGAGGGAGGGAGGGAGCGAGCGAGCGAGCGAGCGAGGCGGGAGGCGGGGGAGCCGAGCUCGGCGCGCGCCGGGCUCCGCGUCUCGCAGCCUGCGUCUGGCUGGCGUCCGCCACCCCGGGCCCGUCGCCCCGCAGCUUGCUGGCCGUGCGCGGCGGCCGCGGGCGCUCGGCGAGUCUCGGCGGCCUCCGGGCCAGCGCGCUCGGGCUUGCGGCCGAGGACACUCUGGCCCCGCGGGGGAAGCGGCGCCGCGCCCCGGUCCCCCCGGCCCCGCGGGCCGCCCCCGACCGCAGGAAGUUUUAUUUGCAGCUGGGAGCCCGCGGCGGAUGGUGGGACUCUCCGGCCCUGUGCAGUAAAAGAUUGAUCUGGGGGCUGGUGAACUUACCUGAGUCCCAGCCAGAGCAGCAGAGGAAGUUAGCACAGCUCUUGGUGGAGAAUGAUAUCUGUCAAAAGAAACACCUGGAGAGCGCUGAGUGUAGUGAUAGGUGACUGCCGGAAAAAGGCGAGCUUUGAAUAUUGUCAAGAUCGUACUGAGAAGCACUCCACAAUGCCAGACUCACCUGUGGAUGUGAAGACGCAAUCUAGGCUGACUCCUCCAGCGAUGCCACCUCCCCCGACCACCCAAGGAGCUCCGAGAACCAGCUCAUUUACGCCAACGACAUUAACGAAUGGCACCAGCCAUUCACCCACGGCCUUGAAUGGCGCCCCCUCACCGCCUAAUGGCUUUAGCAACGGGCCUUCCUCUUCCUCUUCCUCUUCUCUGGCUAAUCAACAGCUGCCCCCAGCCUGUGGUGCUAGGCAACUCAGCAAGCUGAAACGAUUUCUUACUACCCUGCAGCAGUUUGGCAAUGACAUUUCGCCAGAGAUUGGAGAAAGAGUUCGCACCCUUGUACUAGGACUGGUGAACUCUACUUUGACAAUUGAAGAAUUUCAUUCCAAACUGCAAGAAGCUACUAACUUCCCACUGAGACCUUUUGUCAUCCCGUUUUUGAAGGCCAACCUGCCCCUGCUCCAGCGUGAACUCCUCCACUGCGCAAGGCUAGCCAAACAGAACCCUGCCCAGUACCUCGCUCAGCAUGAACAGCUGCUUCUGGAUGCCAGCACCACCUCCCCUGUUGACUCCUCAGAGCUGCUUCUCGAUGUGAACGAAAACGGGAAGAGGCGAACUCCAGACAGAACCAAAGAAAAUGGCUUCGACAGAGAGCCUUUGCACUCAGAACAUCCAAGCAAGCGACCAUGCACUAUUAGCCCAGGCCAGCGAUACAGUCCAAAUAAUGGCUUAUCCUACCAGCCAAAUGGCCUGCCUCACCCCACCCCACCUCCACCUCAGCAUUACCGUUUGGAUGAUAUGGCCAUUGCCCACCACUACAGGGACUCCUACCGACACCCCAGCCACAGGGACCUCAGGGACAGAAAUAGACCUAUGGGGUUACAUGGCACACGUCAAGAAGAAAUGAUUGACCACAGACUAACAGAUAGAGAAUGGGCAGAAGAAUGGAAACAUCUCGAUCAUCUGCUAAACUGCAUAAUGGACAUGGUAGAAAAGACGAGACGAUCCCUCACUGUCCUAAGACGGUGUCAGGAAGCAGACCGGGAGGAGCUGAAUUACUGGAUCCGGCGGUACAGCGAUGCCGAGGACUUGAAAAAGGGCGGCAGCAGUAGCAGCAGCCACUCCAGGCAGCAGAGCCCCGUCAACCCAGACCCAGUGGCAUUAGAUGCACAUCGGGAAUUCCUUCACAGGCCUGCGUCUGGAUAUGUGCCAGAGGAGAUCUGGAAGAAAGCUGAGGAGGCUGUGAACGAGGUGAAGCGACAGGCAAUGACAGAGCUGCAGAAGGCCGUGUCUGAGGCAGAGAGGAAAGCCCACGACAUGAUCACCACAGAGCGAGCCAAGAUGGAGCGCACAGUGGCCGAGGCCAAGCGGCAGGCUGCGGAGGACGCUCUGGCAGUCAUCAACCAGCAGGAAGACUCCAGUGAGAGUUGCUGGAACUGCGGCCGGAAAGCAAGCGAGACCUGCAGCGGCUGUAACACAGCCCGAUACUGUGGCUCCUUUUGCCAGCAUAAAGACUGGGAGAAGCAUCAUCAUAUCUGUGGACAGACCCUGCAGGCCCCACAGCAGGGAGACACGCCUGCUGUCAGCUCCUCAGUCACGCCCAGCAGUGGGGCUGGGAGCCCUAUGGACACACCACCAGCAGCUACUCCAAGAUCUACCACUCCAGGAACCCCCUCCACCAUAGAGACGACGCCUCGCUAGACCUACGCUCAGACUGUCAGAGGAAAGACACCA